UAGAUUGAUAGAGAAACCAAAAGUUUUAAAAAGAAAAAAAGAAAUUUAUAUCUUAACAAGUAAAAACUUAUGCAUGCUAUGAAGUCUAGCUGAUUCGACUAGACUUGUCAAAAUUUAACUUGAUUCGACUAGAUUUUAAUUUGAUUCGAAGUCUAGCUGAAAAUUUGUGGAGUUAUAAUCCAAAAUUGCCUCAAAGCCCUCAAUCAACUUGACGCUUAUUGAAAACCAUCUAACUGAUAUUCUAUUUGGUCAUUUGGUUUGUUACAAUUACAAACUUCUCGUGUUUUGCUCCUUUUGUAGUGCGAUCUCACUUAUUUGCUACAGUGGAACACAUCAUAACCACCCUCUUUGAGCAGCCAUUAAUCACCAACUCUUCAUUAUCAGUGUGACAUGGAGAUGAAGAGCGACCGAGAAACCAAUCAAUAUGCUGCUGAUCUUUCUUCCAUCAAGGAAGCCCGUGAGCGUAUUAAGUCCUUUAUUCACAAUACGCCUGUAUUUUUCUCUGAUUCAUUGGAUUUGAUGGCUGGUAGGAGGCUGCUCUUCAAAUGUGAAUGCUUUCAAAAAGGAGGCGCGUUCAAAUUUAGAGGUGCUUCAAAUGCUGUACUUUCGCUUGACGAGAAACAGGCUUCCAAAGGAGUGGUAACUCAUAGCAGCGGUAAUCAUGCUGCCGCAUUGGCAUUGGCUGCCAAAAUGCGAGGAAUCCCUGCAUAUAUAGUUGUUCCCAACAAUGCUCCAAAAUGCAAAGUUCAGAAUGUCAUACGAUACGGAGGCCAAGUAAUAUGGUGUGAACCCAUGUUUGAUUCAAGACGCAUUACUGCCGAUAAGGUACAGCAGGAUACUGGUGCGGUUCUUAUACAUCCGUAUAAUGAUGGUCGUAUCAUAAGUGGACAAGGGACUAUAUCACUUGAGCUACUGGAGCAGUUUCCUGAAAUAGACACCAUAAUAGUUCCCAUAAGUGGUGGGGGUCUAAUAUCUGGUAUAUCACUUGCUGCUAAAUCUAUCAAUCCGUCCAUUCGAGUUCUGGCGGCUGAACCUGUGGGAGCGAAUGAUGCAGCUCUCUCUAAAGAAAAUGGCAGACUAAUUACUCUUCCUCAAACCGAUACAAUUGCCGAUGGACUUAGAGCUUUCCUUGGAGACCAAACCUGGCCUGUUGUUCGAGAUUUUGUGGAUGCUAUCAUUACGGUAGAAGAAAAGGAAAUCAUACACGCCAUGAAGCUUUGCUAUGAAAUUCUCAAGGUUGCAGUGGAACCCAGUGCUGCCGUUGGUCUAGCUGCUGUAUUAUCCGACAGUUUUCAGCAGAAUUCAUUGUGGAACGAGUGCAAACACGUAGCCAUUAUACUUUCUGGUGGCAAUGUUGACUUAGACGUGCUCUGGGAGGCACUGUACAAAAAAACAUAGACCACGGGGCAAAAUGAAAGUGCUAAGCAUUAUAUACAUGGUAGAAAGCCGAAACUUAAGAGCCGAACGAAUAUCCGGAUAUCCAGAUCAGAAAGGAGUCGACAUUUUUAGCCCUAGCGAUGAAUAUGUUAGUGGUUCAUAUUGUUUGGGACAAGAAGAGCUGUAAAAUUGUAUGUUUGACGGUUGGAGAUAGGCAUGUCGUUAAUCAGCUUAAUGCCAAUUGAUUUCAUCAGCUUAA